AUGCUCGCUUCGGGUCAUCCUGGUGGAGGAGGCGAGGGGAGGGUGAUCGGCCUGGGCUCGCACGGGGCAGCGAGCUCCGCCUGCCGUCGGGCGCGGCGCCAGCGGGAGGGCUCGCACGGGUGCCUGGGCCCCUCGCCGCUGUCCAUCGUCUUCCUUUCCUCCACAGCUGUCACACAGGAGGGAGGAGGGAGGAGGGAGGAGGGAGGCUCCGUGGAGAUUCCCUCGGUGACCAUCUCCCCUCGAGCGGCGCUCGUCGCACGACCAGCGCCACGUUUGCCCGUGAGUUGCUCGGUAAUCUUCUACAGCCCGGCAAUUGUCUACAGUCUGAUUGCAAUUUUUGUUUACAAGUGUCUUACAAGCGUAGGACAGUUGGCCACGGCCUCGUGA